GACACCACCACCUCACCUCACUCUUUGCUGCCUCGCCCACCACCCUAUGCUGCCUUGACCUGCACUGUCCACCACCUCUCUCAGUCUGGUUCAGUCCCAGACCCUUACACCUUGCCUCGCCUCAACUCAACUGCUUUAUCUCUCGGGGCCGCGCACCACCUCCAUCGAGCCGCAGUAUCCUCGCUUCGCAACACCAACGAACCUACACCUCCCUAGACACUCGUCCAUCGCAUUUGCAACAUAAUCCGACAUCAUGGCCAACGACGAAUAUGACUUCCUCUUCAAAGUGGUGUUGAUCGGAGACUCGGGCGUCGGAAAGUCCAACCUUCUCAGUCGAUUCACCCGCAAUGAGUUCAACUUGGACUCCAAGUCGACAAUUGGUGUCGAGUUCGCCACUAGAUCCAUCCAAGUCGACUCCAAGACGAUCAAGGCACAGAUUUGGGAUACCGCCGGCCAGGAACGCUACCGCGCCAUCACUUCGGCCUACUACAGAGGAGCUGUCGGUGCCCUCCUCGUUUACGACAUCAGCAAACACCAGACAUACGAGAACGUCACCCGGUGGCUGAAGGAACUGCGAGACCACGCCGAUGCCAACAUCGUCAUCAUGCUUGUCGGAAACAAGAGCGAUUUGCGCCACCUGCGAGCAGUGCCUACAGAGGAGGCAAAGGCUUUCGCCAGCGAGAACCACCUUUCAUUCAUUGAGACGUCUGCCCUCGAUGCCAGCAACGUCGAGCUUGCAUUCCAGAACAUCUUGACUGAGAUCUACCGCAUCGUAUCCAGCAAGGCCCUCGACUCGGGCGACGGACCCCAAGCCUCGAUCGGAGCCGGCGCCGGCAUUUCGCUCAGCACGCCUGCUGACAACAGCGCAGAGAAGAGCGGCAAGUGCUGUUAAGCGAAUCCCCUUCUGCGAAACUGUUUCACGGCCUUUUGGGAGGGCUGCUACGGUCGAUAUCAUGGCAUGUCACACACAUGCCCCGGAAUCUGUAUGCCACUCGGUAAAGAAGGGGCUGCUGCAUCGAGGAAUGACUAGGAAUCCA